AUGGAGGAGGUGAUGGAGGAGGUGAUGGUGGAGGUGAUGGAGGAGGUGAGGAUGGAGGUGAUGGAGGAGGUGAUGGAGGAGGUGCUGGAGGAGGUAUUGGAGGAGGUGAUGGAGGAGGCGUCCAGCAGUUUGUUCCUGAGUUUUCUGCUGCUGGUUUUUCCGCUGGAAUCUCUGUUUCAUGGAUUGUUUUAUGAACUGAGCCGCAGCCUCGGAGGCACCAGUGUGGGCUACGGCCUGGUCAUCCCCACCAACUACUGCAGUCCAGACGGCCAGCCCACUCUGCUCCCCCCUGAGUCCGUGUGUGAGUUAAACCUCCGUUCCAGUGCGAUGCUGGGUUCUGUGCAGAGGUUCUUGUCUCAUCACUUCAUCGAGUCGUUCGGCUGCGACUUUUCCACCUGCGGCGUCGCUAUGGAUACACUACACAACAAACUCAGCUCUUUCCUCGACCUCAGGACCACAGACGGACCCCGGCACGACACCUACGUCCUCUACUACAGCGGACACACACACCCCUCUGGGGACUGGGCCCUGGCAGGGGGCGACAGUCUAAGUCUGCAGCAGCUGGUGGAUCUGUGGAAGGAGAAGAAUGGAGGGUUCUGCUCUCGGCUCAUUGUGGUCCUGGACUGUGAGAAUGCGGCGCCGUGGGUCAACGGUGUGCGGGGCCUGGACGGUGUUUACGUAGCUGUGCAGGGGGCUACACACAUACAGGGGGCGCUGCAGCUCGGAGACUUCACGGCGCAGUGGGUGGAGUAUAACUGUAACCCGCACAGCGACCUCCGGUGGUCGGACGGCGGGACUGCGGUGAGAGCUGUCUAUGGUGUGUCCAAACCCUGGGGGGACUACAGUCUGCACUUACCUUCUGACAGUGACGUGUGUCACCACUGGGGGGCGUUCUUCCCACGCAUUACCCUCCCUCUGGUGCAGGGGGCGCUGUGGUGCGGCCGGCUGGACGCGCUGUGGCUCUGUGGCCUCUGUCUGCGAUGUUUGAAGAGGUUCAAGCUCACAUGGUUCCCUCCUGCUGUUCUGGACACAGGACAGGGCUUCAAGCUGGUGCGCUCGUAA